AUGUCCCGCCAGCCUCCGUCAGAUAAGCUUCAAAACCCCCCCCAAGCGCUACCGGCCCAUGAGUCGACUCGCGUCCGGGAAGAUUCCCCGGGUACUCCGAGGGCCAUCGGGGACUGGAUUACCACCACCUCCAAUCACGCCCAGCCGUCUUCGCUUGCCGAUCGCCUGUUACGUCAUCAGCCCCAGCCAUCCUUAUCGUCCUCCGGCUCGGCGGAGCUAGCUGACUUGAACCACGCCAGCACCGGCCCAAGUCAUACUACCAAUCCUAAACCAUCCAGCGCUCACUCCAAGUCACUCUGGUCAUCCUUGGUCGACCCUGAAGAGUCUGAUCAGGAAAACUCGCUCGACCUUGCGACCCCCCGCGGUAACCGUGCAUACUCAAGCCGAUCGCUCAGUCAACAGAGCAAUAGCAGUCAAUCCACCUCGCACGGUAACUCGCUUAAUAGGCCCUUCGAUUCAUCUGUUUCUCUCGACACUCUCUUUGGCGUUCCGACUACCAAGCUCAGGCAUAAUCCCAUGUCUCGCCCCACCAAGGUCGACAUGCCGCCGGCGGCCCAGUUUGGCGCCGAUCCUGACCCUUCAGCGAAUGGCCAAUCUCAACCCACGCGGAGUUCGGUGAUUCGUGACUUCUCAAAGUUUUGCCCGUUCCCUACCCCCGGUUUGAAGGAGAAGAAAUACUUCCCCGAUUACAAAUCUGUGGAAGAGCAACGGCUCGAGGAGGAUGCUCAGAAACGUAGACAUUGGAAGAGAUGGGGUCCCUACCUCUCCGAACGUCAAUGGGCCACCGUGAGAGAAGAUUAUAGCGCCAAUGGUGAUGCCUGGACUCACUUCCCGCAUGAACACGCCCGCAGUCGAGCCUACAGAUGGGGCGAAGAUGGCCUGGGCGGUAUCUCUGAUAACCAUGGGCGUCUCGCUCUCUCUUUUGCUCUCUGGAAUGAGAAAGAUCCUAUCUUGAAAGAGCGAUUGUUUGGCGUGACAGGUCAUCAGGGUAAUCACGGCGAAGACGUCAAGGAGAUCUACUACUAUCUAGACUGCUCCCCGACCCAUUCUUACAUGAAGUAUUUGUACAAAUAUCCUCAGCGCGAGUUUCCUUACAAAAAACUUGUUGAUGAGUCCAUGAACCGUAGUCGUGAUGUGUCCGAGUUUGAGAUUUUGGAGACGGAUGCAUUUGAUGAUAACAGAUAUUGGGAUGUCUAUGUUGAGUAUGCCAAAGACGAAGAUAAUGAAAACGGCAUUUCUGUUCGAAUCGCUGCCUACAACCGUGGACCGGACCCGGCGACUCUACACAUAGUUCCUCAAGUGUGGUUCAGAAACACUUGGUCUUGGCCCAAGGAGAGGCCAACCGGAGAGCAGAUGCCGUCCAUGAAGGAGUCCACCACCCAGAAAGGCUCCGAUUCGUCGCCUUUCACCGUCGACAUCCAUCAUCCGGGGCUGGGCGACAAAUUCCAUUUCUACGCCAACCCUAGUCCGGCACCCGCCUCCGCGCCAAUUCGAGGGCAAGAGGUAAUUGAAACGGAAGACAUUGUUUGUCCCGAGUUACUCUUCACAGAAAACGAAAGCAACUUCGAGCGUUUGUAUGGAGGCCAAAACCGAUCGUUUGCGAAAGACGCUUUUCACGACCACAUCAUCCCGUCCCAUCGUCCCUUAUCUGAUCGCCCAAAAGUUAAGAAAGUCAAGAAACAGCGUACCGCAGCUCCCGAAGACGUUUCUUCAGCAGGCAGUGGCUAUCUUCCGCAGGUGGCCAGUGCUGUGGCUGACAACUUGUCGAAAGUCAUGCCAUCGUUGAAUUUGGCCGGCGAGGAGGAAAUGGAAGAGGAGGAAAUCGUGGAAGAGCCGUAUACUCCCCGACAAUAUGUGAAUCCUGAAAAAAACGGUACGAAAGCCGGCGCGCAUUACGUCUUUAAAGACGUUCCUCCACACGGGGGAUGCGCGGUAGUUAGAUUCAAGUUAACAAACCAAACGCUUGCCCAAGAUCCGUCGAUUUCUGAUGAGGAGAAGUUUGAUCAGCACUUGGAAGACCGUCGACAGGAUGCGGAUGAAUUCUUUGCUAGACUCAACCCGGGCGAAGGUUCGGUCAACGGGUUAAGCGAGGAUUUACGAAACAUCAUGCGACAAGCUUUGGCCGGAAUGUUAUGGACGAAGCAGUUCUAUUACUUCGUCCAACGCGAAUGGAUCGCUGGUGACCCGGGCCAACCUCCCCCACCACCCGAGCGUAAAUACAUUCGAAACCGAGAGUGGAAGCAUAUGUAUAUCGAAGACAUCCUGUCCAUGCCUGAUAAAUGGGAGUAUCCGUUUUUUGCAGCAUGGGACACCGCCUUUCACUGCAUUCCGCUGGCCAUGGUCGAUCCGGCUUACGCUAAAAAUCAGUUAGACAUCAUGACUCGGGAAUGGUACAUGAAACCUGACGGUGCUUUACCGGCCUACGAAUGGAACUUCAGCGAUGUCAAUCCUCCAGUUCACGCUUGGGCAACUUUUCGAGUUUUCAAAAUUGAAAGAAAGAUGUAUGGGAGAGAAGAUUUGCCAUUCUUAGAAAGAGUCUUCCAAAAGUUGUUGUUAAACUUCACCUGGUGGGUCAACCGAAAGGAUGCCAGUGGACAAAACGUGUUCGAGGGUGGCUUCCUAGGUUUAGAUAACAUUGGGCUUUUCAAUCGCUCGGAGCCAUUACCUACUGGUGGCCACCUACGUCAAGCGGAUGGAACGGCUUGGAUGGCGUUUUUCGCCCUCAACAUGCUCAACAUGGCUCUCGAGCUUGCCAAACACAAUCCCGUAUACGAAGACAUUGCCUCCAAAUUCUUCGAGCAUUUCUUGUUCAUCUCUGAGGCGAUGACUUUUGGGGACCCAAAUGAUGAGCAAUCCAGUCUUUGGAAUGAUGACGACGGCUUUUACUAUGAUGCGAUCAGCUGGGGAGUUGGUAAUUCGACACAACUACCUGUUCGGUCCUUAGUUGGCUUAAUUCCUCUCUACGCCACUUUGACUCUCGAGCCAGGGGUGCUGAAGCGCUUCCCAGGAUUCAAGAAGAGAAUGGAUUGGUUUAUUGAAAACCGUCCUGAAUUAGCUACCAAGGGCAUCAUUGCUAACAUGCGCGGGGUUGGUAAACAUGAACGUAAGCUGCUGGCUCUGGCCAAUGAGGACCGGUUGAAACGAAUUUUGGAACGAAUGUUGGACGAGUCUGAGUUUCUCAGUGCUUAUGGAAUCCGAUCGCUCUCAUUGUACCAUAAGGAGAACCCUUACAAGAUGCACGUGAACGGAGAAGAGUUCAGCGUAGACUACUGGCCUGCUGAUUCGAAGAGUGGAAUGUUCGGUGGAAAUUCGAAUUGGAGAGGGCCGAUUUGGUUGGCCACCACAUUCCUGCUCAUCGAGAGUCUCCAAAGGUUCUAUCAAUACCAUGGGACCAACCUUAAAGUUGAAUGUCCUAAGGGCAGUGGUGAUAUGCUCAACUUGGCCGCUGUAGCCGAUGAAAUCCAGCAUCGAAUUAUCCAUAUUUUCGCACGUGACGCGGAAGGUAGGAGAGCUUGCAACGGAGGCUUGGACAGACUUGACAAGGAUCCCUUUUUCCGUAACCACGUGUUUUUCCAUGAAUUCUUUCACGCUGAUACGGGCAAGGGUCUUGGCGCCUCCCACCAGACCGGAUGGACAGGAUUAGUGGCCUGGAUGAUCUUCCAAACGGGUAGCACUGCCCGUCUUCCAAGGACUCCACGAACCCCCCGCUCCUCGGCCGACCACUAUUUCGCUGAAAGCGUCCCACCUACUCCCGGCGAGUCUGAACACAGCUAUGACGAAGCUAGCGGCGGUGCCGGCUCGAAGACUGUCACCGAGGUCAUGGGCGCUGAGUUGUCCCCAGACGAGGUAAGCUACUCCCCCCAUAAUACUAGCCUCGGCUUCGAUUUCGUAUUGUUCUUCUAUGUACUCUUGAUGUACUUGAUCAGCUAA